GGCCAUCCAAGCAGGGGUGGGAUGAGGGGCGGGAAGCAAAGCCCCACCUCGCAAGCAGACAAGACAGAGCCUCUGCCAAGGCCCUCUCCGCCCCCCUGGAGAGCAGCGGGAGGCAGAGGCUCCACAGGCUGGCAGCCCGGUCUGCACCCCGAUGCCUGGAGACACAGCCUGCUGCGCAGUCGACCUGUGGAAUCCAGAGACCGCUGCUGUGCGCCCAUCCUAUCCAGAAUGUUCCCCGAAGUGCAUUAGGAGGGACCUGAGUUUGAGUCCUGGCUUAUCACCAACUCAUGGCGUGACUCGGGCUGGUCCUCUCUUGGAAUCUGUUGUUGCAUUUCUGCAGUGGAAAAGUUGACUGGUGAUUUACAAGGAUGUUUCCCUCUCUGAAACUGUGUCCUGGAUUCUAGAUUUCCACGUGAUACUAGAGAAGUCUGGCUGGAACCUGGGGCUCUGAAAUGCCAAUGGCUCUCUGCUCAGCCUAAGUCAUCGUUGCUUGAGCCUUGGGUGUGACCGCCGGCUCUCCGGAUGUGCCCGGCUUUGCACCUCCCCAUCCUCUUCCUCACGCACCAAAGAGGAUUUCUCUUCUACAGCACAUCCCGGCAGGGAACCGAGGCCCUGAAGGAGCUGGAGCCAGGCCCCUCGUCCCAGACCUAGAGGCAGCCAUGGGGGCCUGUGAUGUGGUGACUGAUGCCAACAUCUCCUCUGGCUUUGAGAGCAACAUCACGGGCACCACCACCUUCUCCAUGCCUGGCUGGCAGCUGGCACUGUGGGCCGCAGCCUAUCUGACCCUGGUGCUGGUGGCUGUGAUGGGCAAUGCCACGGUCAUCUGGAUCAUCCUGGCCCAUCGGAGGAUGCGCACAGUCACCAACUACUUCAUUGUCAACCUGGCCCUGGCCGACCUCUGCAUGGCUGCCUUCAAUGCCACGUUCAAUUUCGUCUAUGCCAGCCACAACAUCUGGUACUUCGGCCGAGCCUUCUGCUACUUCCAGAACCUCUUCCCCAUCACAGCCAUGUUCGUCAGCAUCUACUCCAUGACCGCUAUCGCCGCCGACAGGUACAUGGCCAUUGUCCACCCCUUCCAGCCACGACUCUCAGCCCCCAGAACCAGAGCAGUUAUUGCUGGCAUCUGGCUGGUGGCCCUGGCCCUCGCCUUCCCCCAGUGCUUCUACUCUACCAUCACCAUGGACCAGGGUGCCACCAAGUGCGUGGUGGCCUGGCCUGAAGACGGCGGUGGCAAGAUGCACCUUUUGUACCACCUCGUGGUGAUCGCCCUCAUUUACUUCCUACCUCUCGUGGCAAUGUUCAUCGCCUACAGUGUCAUCGGCCUCACGCUCUGGAGACGCACAGUCCCCGGGCACCAGGCACAUGGCGCCAACUUGCGCCACCUGCAGGCCAAGAAGAAGUUUGUGAAGACCAUGGUGCUGGUGGUGGUGACGUUCGCCAUCUGCUGGCUGCCCUACCACCUCUACUUCCUCCUGGGCAGCUUCCAGGAGGACAUCUACUGCCACAAGUUCAUCCAGCAGGUCUACCUGGCACUCUUCUGGCUGGCCAUGAGCUCCACCAUGUACAAUCCCAUCAUCUACUGCUGCCUCAACCACAGGUUUCGCUCUGGAUUCCGGCUUGCUUUCCGUUGCUGCCCCUGGGUCACGCCAACCAAGGAAGAUAAGAUUGAGCUGAUUCACACUCCAUCCCUCUCCAAGAAAGUCAAGAGGUGUCACACCAAAGAGACUUUGUUCAUGGCUGGGGAUGUGGUCCCCUCUGAGGCUGCCAAUGGGCAGGCCCAAGAUGGAGUGUCUACUGAACCCUGAAGCCUUGUGCCUGGCUGCAGGAGGAGGCUCGGCACCCUUGAGAAGUAGCCAGUUGAGAGGACCACUGUGAAAGCUCGGCCCAUGCCUCAUCCUUCAACACAUCAGUGGAAAAACAAGAUGGGGCCAAGCACUCUGCCGUGGAUGCUGACUCUCCCUGUCAUCCCUCUCAGGCAGUGCUUCAGGGCAUCAGUAAAGUAAAUGAAGACAGUCUGAGCUAACAUUUAUCUAAUCCAGGAGUUUAAAAAGCCUUCCUGGGGUAUGCCACAUAAUGAGUAAACUGAAUCUAGUAUAAAAGAAAAACUAUAGAUGUAAUGAUAAAAGAUAACUGACUUCCAUUGGAGUUCCCAUCGUGGCGCAGUGGAAGUGAAUCCGACUAGGAACCA